AUGUCUACUAGAAAUCGAGUAUCAACUUCUUCUGCAUCUAAAAUCGAGCAUCCUGAAUUAGCUCUUAAUGAAAGUUAUGAUGAAGCGAUUAUUCCUUUACUUACAACUAUUGAUAAAAUUCGAAAUCGAGUCGCUGAUAUUGAUACAACAAUUGAUCUACCAGCCAUUGUAGUUAUUGGUGAACAAAGCUCAGGUAAAAGUAGUGUUUUAGAAGCUUUAUCGGGUAUUCCUUUACCUCGUGGUGGUCAACAUAUGACAACAAAAUGUCCGCUUGAACUUCGCAUGCGUCGUGCAUCAACAUGGCACGCAAGUCUUGAAUGUUCUGGUCGUAUUAUUCGAGAUAAUAUUCCCACUCCACACGAUAUUGGUCUAUUUAUAAAUACUGAACAAAACCGUUUAACGAAUAAUCGUGAUCAAAUAUCAAAACAAGUUCUUCUCGUCAACGUUCAAGCUUCGUGGUUACCAAAUUUAACUUUAAUUGAUCUGCCAGGAAUUAUCCAAGUUACAUCAAGACAACAAGAUAGUGGAUCAGUUGAUAUCAUUGAAGAAUUAAUACAAGAAUAUCUCGAUAGACCGUCGACAAUUAUUCUUGCUAUUAUUCAAGCAUGUAAUGAUAUUGAAACAUCGGCCGCUAUCAAAUAUGCAAAAAUGUUUGAUCCAGAUGGUGAACGAACAAUUGGUGUUCUAACAAAACUUGAUCUUGUCGAUCGUGGAGCUGAACAAAAACUAUUAGAAGUAUUUGAAAAUAAACGUAUACCAUUGAAACAUGGUUAUUUACUGGUGAAAUGCCGUACACAAGAAGAUAUCAAUAACAAUAUUGAAUUAAGUGAAGCACUUCAUAGAGAAAAGGAAUUUUUUUCUAAAUCAUCGAAAUUUCACUCUGUUCCAUUGGAAAGACGUGGCUGUCCAUCUUUAGCACGAUUUCUCACUCGUGAACUUGUUCGAAAUAUUAAACAAGCAUUACCACGUCUUAUUAGUGAUUUACGCGGAAAAAUUAGUAAUGUCGAACAACAAUUUCGUCAUCUUGGUAUUGAUGAUUAUGCACAAUUAUUACUUACGAAUGAAGCUCGUUCAAGAUAUUUAACUGAUAAAUUAUUUACUGCUAUGCAAUUGUUUCGUACGGAAAUUCAUGGAGUUGAAGAAGGUGCACAAGUCAACAAUCCAUUGUAUGCGAAACGAAAUGAAUUAAAUCAAGAAUUUUAUAAUGAGAUGCAUCGUAGUAAAUUUGAAAAUAGUAAACUUAUUCAAUUGAUUAAAUCAGCUAUGAUUGCUACGCAAGGACCGGAACCAUCCGAUUACAUUUUAUUUCGUGUAACAAAAACUGUCUGUCUUAAUUAUAUUAAAGCAAUACGUUUACCAAUGGAACAAUAUUUAUCAAAUAUACUUGAACGUACGAAUAAUGUUAUAUCAAAUGUAAUAAAUAAAGUAUUUCAUAUGCGUCCAAAUUUAUUAAAUCAAAUGCAUUCAAUGCAAGAAACGAUUGAAAAACAAUUAAAAGCUGAUUGCCAUCGUGAAUUAGAAUUAAUACUUGAAAUGGAAGAAUCAUUUGUUUAUGCUGAUAAUCCAUUAUAUAAGGAAACAUUACGACGAACAAAACGAAUUCAUAAACUAAAUUUUCCUGAUGCACCACCUACAGCAGCAGCAACAACAACAACGGUUGUACAAUCAGCACGAAUACCUUACACAGCAGCGAAUGCAUCAACGAAUUCAAUAACGACAUCGUUAAAACGAACGAAUGGGGCAAUGAGUGAAGAUAAUGAUGAUGAUGAUCUUGGUCAAGAAUUUAGUCCACCAGUUAAAAUUUCACGACCAAAUGGUUCUUCAACAAAUCGCUUUUCUUCACUAUGGAGUAACUUAUGGACUACUUCACAACAGGAGAUUUCUGAAUCUUUCACUUCAGAUAAAAACGACAUUCGUCCUACGCCUGAAUAUGUUUCAGCAUCAAGGCCAAUAAUUAUACCGGCAACGACAAAUAUUGUUAAUGAUAAUUUAAUUGAUGAAGAAAUAGUUGAAUAUAAAAUUCGUAUAUUAGCCAUGCAAGAUAUCAUAUGUCAACGCAUUAUUUUAACAUUUCCUCAACGUGUCGAAUAUCAACUGGUGCGAAAACAGUUUUCUCAACUUGACUUACAAUCGUCAAUAUUGAGUAGCACGAGUUUAGAAAAGCUUGAUUCUUUAAUGGCAAAUCAUCCAGAAACUGAACGACGUCAAAAUGAACUCAUUACUAAACGAACAAUAUAUGAAGAAACAAUUAAAGAAUUACACAAUCUUGAACAGCAUCAAUCGAAUUCAAACACGGUUUGA